AUGGCGCCGAUUAUCAAGAAUGUCGUAGUCGCUGGCGCCAGCGGAAAUCUAGGCUCAGAAGCAGUCAAAGCCCUUAUCGAAUCUGGCUUCAAUGUUACUGUUCUCAGCCGGUCCAGUAACAAAUCGUUCCCAUCCAAUGUGGCCGUCAAGGUAGUGGACUUCAACUCGAUCGAGUCGUUGUCGGCUGCAUUUGAGGGCCAAGACGCGGUCGUCGAUACAACCUUUUCAUUUGAACCGAAGACAGGUAGCAAUCUCAUUGAUGCAGCAGCAGCCAAAGGCGUUUAUCGAUUCAUCACGAGCGAUUUUGGCCUAGAUCCUGAUAACCCAGGUGUUGCUGAAAUGCCAGUCUUUGGACGCAAACAAGCUAGCUACAACCAUGUCAAGAAAGUUGCUGCUGAAGGCAAAAUGACAUACAGUCUCAUCGCAUGUGGAUCCUUCUUUGAUCUAUGCUUGGAGAAUCCUGUGUAUUCGGGCAUAGAUUUGAAGGGAAAGUCUGCUGAUCUAUUCGACGCUGGCGAUAAUGUUUUGCCUUGGACGACGCUUUCUGAUGUGGGAAAGGCAAUCUCUGGCGUGUUGAAACACCCCGAGGAGACACAAAACCGGCCUGUAUAUGUGCACGGUGCAUACCUGUCGCAGCUUGACAUACUUGAGGAAGCGAAGAAUGUUAUUGGUAAGGACGGAUGGACUGUAACAAACAAGGCCAUGCAGCCUCUCCUCGAUCAAUCAUUUGCAGAGCUCAAGUCUGGCAACAUCACCGAGACGACAUUCCUUGUGCAGAUAACAUACUGCCUUGCAAAGAAGGAGCUAACACACCCUUGGAGUAACGAUGACAACGCACUGGUUGGUAUCAGGGAGAUGACAUCAGGAGAAAUUCAGGAUAUUAUUAGAAAGACUGCACAAAAGUAA